UCGAUCUUUCAUAUUUUGUUUGAAUCAUCAUCAACUUUAUUUUCAGCUACUAGUGUGUUCCAGCAGCAAAAUAUUACGGUACUGAUUGGCGGAAGUCAAUCGGAGUCGCACGCAUGCUCACUGUCUACAGUUACUGGCAUCCCUCUCGUUCGUCUCCAUGAAAGACUUAUACCAUUUAAUCAGUGCGACAAAACAGUGGAUAUGUCAGUGGACUCCACAUACAUUGCGCAUGCCACGUUUGACGUUCUAACCAGCUUUCACUGGAGGAAGAUUUCAUUAGUGUUUGAUGGUAAUUAAGAGUGUCUUAGGCCCCAUUUAUUUAGAGCAAAGUUGUCCUGAAUGGAAAGGUCACCACCGCACGAAAAAUUGGAUUUACACAAAUUUGCUCGGGCAAAUAAGGUGCAAAAAAGUGCAAACUAGGACAAAAUCAAAGGCAAAGAUGGUAAAUACCGCGUUUACAUUCUGGUUUACAUAGGGUUGAAAAUUCGUGGGCCAAUGCGUACAUCUUUGCCCUUGAAUUAACGUAGGUUAACACUUCUUACACCAUAUUUGCACUCGGUAAAUUUGGUGUAAAUCAAAUUUUUCGUGCAGGGCGCGCUCCUACUCGAGUUACCCUGGUCGGGACAAUUUUUCAUACGUUUCCUUACAAAACCGGUGGCGAACCGAUUAAAUAAGAAACAAAAAAAUUGGCUUGGCUAGAAGAGUGACCCGCCUAGCCUGGUCAGCCUUUAGUGAUGGUACUAGUGGGUCACCUUCCUAGCCAGGUCAAAUUUUCUCCAUAUAAACACUAUGGCUCUCCCACCCUGGUCAAUAAGGUCAAGGUAGGACAAUCGCGCUGUUUUAGACAAUCAGAUCACGUGCAAAGCGUGCGCUAGCGCUGUUGCGGGCAAAGGGGACAACAUUUUUGUCAUAUAAAUUAAAAGCGCGCUAAAGUUGACACAGCUGUGAGCUAGGGUGACCCUUCUACCCAGAACACAUUUACUCCAUAUAAACGGAACCUAAGUAUUAUUCAGAAUUACUUCCUAACAACGCAAAUUUCUAAUAAAGUGUGAUGUAAUUGUUAAUAAGAUUAUUCCUUUGCAGCUAUAAUUAGAACUCCAUUUAUGCUAAGGCUUUUCCGCAAAACCGCCUAUUCCAUGGAUGAAACAUUGAACGGCUUUAUCUUCACCUUAUGUAUGACACUCAUGUCUGUCACUUCGACAGAGAAUCGGUUACUUGAUGCUGGUUACUUCUACGUAGCUUUCCAGAAUUCCAACUUGGCCAUGAAUUUAGUCCAGCUCGCAAACGGAAGGACAAGUGAAGAACAGAGAAAGGCAGUUUUGAAAGCCACUAAGGAAAUAACAGAAUUUGGUCCUGAAGUUAUUCUGCUUUACACGAGCAAAGAAAUAGCCCAACUACUGUUGCAACAGGUAAGAUAAAAAACUUUGUCUAUUCUCAUUCGCCUAAAAUCCGCCGUAUGAGGAUUUAAUCCGUUACUAGGAAACCUGCCAAACCGGUUAAACCCCGUAUUAAUAUAUAACACAUGACCUUAAUUUACUGAGAUUCCCCUCAUUUUAUUCAUGUGAUAAAGACAAAAGGAUAUGACGUCAUCGACGUUAAUUUAUUCCCCGCAAGUUAUGGAGAUAAGUUAUUGAGAUUCCCAAGCAAAAUAGGGCCUCAAAAAUGUCUACUAUACUAUUGCCGAAAAAAGGGGUAAAAGCUAGUUGCUAAAAAAUUAUGCGCGACUUGUCGAGGUUAAGAAUGGGUUGACGAUGUGUAAAAAGGUUUUAGGUUCCUCCGCCUAACACCCACCCAGCUCCCCCCCCCCCCCCCCCCCCCCCCCCACAAACAACCACAACUUUAACAUUUUUAAAAAAAAAAAGAUAUAAAAUUUUUUUUUUUUUUUAAAAAAGAGGAGAUCUAACAAAAUUUUUUUUAGUAUUUUGAUUUUCUUAUAUUUUUUUUUUAGUUUAAAUUCGUCAAAAACGAUGAAAUUCCCCCCACCAAACCCCCCCCCACACCCCCCCCCCCCCCCCCCCCACACCAAAAAGAACCUCAUACAAUUAACCUUUAUAACAUUAAGACUUUUACAGUAUUUAUGAUCUAUUCAAAAGAGGGCUAUAUCAUAUCUCAUUUCGUAAAGUUCAGUGGUUCCUAGCUAUUUUCGUUACUUAAGAUAAGAAAAGUGGAAAUAGCUUGGUGUUUUAUUCUCUAUUUAUAGGUACCCUGUGAUCUGAAGAAAUACUACAAAUGGAUACUUCAAGAAGAGGUUUGUAUUUACUGUGACAUUACACCAAGUAUUACUUUCUGAUCAACUUUUUUCAGGACGUUACUGAGGGAGUAACCAACUCGAAGAAAUAUCUGAAAUUCAGGCUACUCUUUUCAAUCAUCGUCAAACAAUGAGGAUAUUGCCACUAGCAAGAGCACUUCGUUUUACACGAGUCUUCCAAAGCUUUCAACCAGUGAACUCCUCGGUAUACUUCGACUAUAUUGCUAGGGCUCCAAACACAACUGAAAAAGUAUGGUAGCAUUAAUAUCUAGAUGAAGAAACCAUCCAAGGGGCUUUCACCAAUCAUAACCUGCAUUGUCGCCGGAAUUGUCACUCGAGACCCAGAAGGAGAACUCGAUAUCGGGGAUCCAAACUGUCUGCGACACAGGCUUAUCGAUCUCUGCAAGGUGUGAUUGAGAAAUCUCUCGAGCCACCGAAAUGCUAUAUUUUAAUUUCUUUCCACUGGUUGAUGAGAUACCCCGCAUCGCAUUACUUGCGCUAUCAGGAUAAUAAUCAGUGGCGUCACCUUCUUUGGUCUUUCUCCCACACGGAUUAUGAAACCCACAAAAAAAAGUAUUCUGUCAUGUGGGAAACAACGUCUGAUACCUUGCUAUUACAAAGUGUUAGUUCCUCGAUAGCAUCGGAAAGUAAUAACGAAUGGUUGUGAGCAAUUAAGGUUUUACGAUACAUAAUAAAAAAAAUAUAUCUGAAUACCUUUUUACUUUUUACUUAGGUAUCCUUCAAGCUAGCCAGUUUUCCAAACAAUGUCGUUCUAGCUUUUAAGCUUCCAUACAUACCUGAUGCAAUUCCCGGCAUAAAUCUCGAGAACUUCAACGAGGUAAGCUGCACAUACGGGACGCCAAAGCUUUACGGGCGUCUGCGUAAAAGGCCAAGUUAACCUGCUUGUCCUUACUUGUUGUACCUCAGACUAAUUUCUGUCUAAAACUGCCAAGUAAUAGCUCUUUCGAUAGCGGAGCUCUUGCGCGAGAAUUAAAGCGGGUGUAGGAUAGCACCAUGGGUAAUAAAAUUUGGUUACCUAUGCAUCUAAGAAAUUUUGGCUGUAAUAAAAUCGUCCGCUUUGGGUAUUAAUGCGAUGCAGUAUAACUGUAAUUUAAGUGGGUCGAGCGUCUCAGAUUCUGAGUGUGGCUGUUGGCACAAAAAAGCACUAAUAUCAAAAAUGAAUGCACGAUUAUUGUUAGUAGAAAUAUAGCGAGUAAUUGAGCAGUUAUUAACAUUUUAAAAUGUAAAAUCUCCUUCUGUAGGAUCUUACUGCUGUUCAGGCAUAUGAUGCGGUCCAGGUCAUUUACCAAGCACUAAACAAAACGCCGUGUUUAUCGCUAACCAAGUCUAGUAACAAUCAAAGGGAUAAAGAUCUUAUAUUUAACUGCAUGACAAAGGUACUGACUUCAUAUAUCUUGAUUAAUUUUGAAGUUCUUAAAAAUAAAUCCAUGGCUCAUUCUCAAUUUUCACUCCUUGAGUAGCUUAAUUUUUCUCGUCAAGGAUCGACUGAAUUUUCAACUUUACUUGAGGACCCAUUUUCCCAAUGUUCAGGUAGCCUAAAAGCAAGGAUAAGUGACAAUCUAGGGGAAAAAAACAGGAGAACCUAGAAUAUGCCACCUUGUAAAAGCCGUUUAAAGCUGCAUGGUUAAAGCUGGUUUAAACAUCUGAAUUUUUUUUCCUGCCAUGAAAAAAGGCCGCUCAUGUCCCUACUGGAAGAUCAUUCCUUCUAGUCAAGGGGAAACCUAGCAACCCGGCCUUUAAUCGAUUGAUUAGUUGAUUUACUGAUAGACUGAUUGAUUAAUUGAUUGAUUGAUUGAUUGAGUGAUUGAGUGAUUGAUUGAUUGAUCGAUCGAUCAAUCGAUCGAUCCAUUGAACGAUCGAUGGACUAAUUGUUAGGUUCAUUGUUUGUUUUGUUGAUUAGAAUAAAGUUUCCUAUUUUGACUUUAGAAGCAAUUUGUCACCGAAAAUUUGUACAGCAUCCGCGUCGGAGAAGUCGUUUUCAGUUCCAGAAAAUAAAGUUCUGACAAGCACCCUCUUCAGAGAGAUGCCAACUUUUUCAUGCAAAUUUAACCAUAACCAUUGUUUUUCUUCUUUGUUUAAGGUUGAUAUCGCUGGCAUAACUGGCCCUGUCCAGUUUGACGAAAACGGAAGGCGAAUAGUCUCGCGACUGGACAUCCUUAACCUCCGCAACGACACCUUCAAAAGGGUAAGUAGUAUAAAGGGUAUGAAUAAUCCUAUUUUUUUUUCAGCUCAGACUGAGUCUGAGACUGAGUUUUUUGAAAACGAAAGACAGACUCUCGACUGGGUAUCGACUACAACAGAUAUUCGCAAAGGCUCCUUUAAACGAGUAGGUAGUGUAGAAGGACCUAAGUGAUCCCGUUUUGCUCAGCACAUUUACUUCGUUUAAUUCAAAGACUGAGUUUUUAUUAAUAUUGACUUUGUCGAUGUGUCGAUGAUCAAGAUCAAUUCGUAAAGGAACAUGUUUGCCUUGUUACUUCUCUGAUUACUAGAGUAUUGACAUCGCAAACCGAAUCUUUCCGCAUUGCCACGCGGAGGCUAAUACCUUUCCAGUAAACCACUAAAGCUAGUAAGUACAAAGACGGCCUGUGUCUUAGGUUUUUAUAGAUGGCAAUAUAUGAUUUUUAAGGCAAUAGCACAAUAGUUAAGCUAUAAGUGAAAGAAAACUAAAAGGUAGUGGUUCGUUAAUUUAUGUAAACUUAUUUGAUUCCUUUUUAGAUAGGUUCGUGGAAUACAACUAACGGUUUAGUGUUCUUUGAUAAAAUGUCGGCUAAUGCCGUGGAGAAUUCAUCUUCAAAUGGGAAUAGACUAGAAGGAAGGACGUUCCGGAUUGUCACGGUUGAGGUAAAAACGAUUAUAGAAUAUUAAAGACUUUGAAUUGUUUCCUAACAACUUUUCUCUUCGCGGUUGCUUAAAUGCUUCCAAUACAAUGAGCUUUUCUUCUUAAAUUAUCAUCACUAUUAUGAGGGUUUACACUUGAUCUUUAAACUCUCAUUUGUGCGAUCUCUCGUCAUCAUUUUUAAGCAAUCGUUAUUUGUUAUAACUACCUAGAUCAGCAAAAUAAAAAAUACAAAAGAACCAAUUUACUUUAAACUUGUAUUAUCAUUAAGCAGAGGCGUUUUCGAGCGACGCACGCGCGUCAACUGGAAGUGAGACCAUUUCCCUUUUAACAUUCCUCGACGCUACCGAAUUUGUAUAGCUAUAAAGUGUCUUUGCUCUUGCAGAGACGAUUUCUAGAAAAUUUGGGUAAAACCACUGCCCAAAGAGUGCAAAAAAUUGGACUUCCGGUUGACCUGCUUCGCUCAGAAACGCUUUGCUUAAACUCCCUAAUCGUGAGCUUAAGACGUUUUUUAGCGAUAAAUGUCAACCGGAAGUGGUCUCUUUUUUUUUUUUUUUUUGGACUACGGUUUUGCACAAAGUUGUGGAAAAAUCGUCUCUAUAACAGUAAAGACACUUAGAAAUUCAAAUUUGUUACCGUCAAGGAGUUUUAAAGUGAAAAAGAUCGCACUUCGGAUUGGUGUGCGUUGCUCAAAACGCCUUUGCUUAAGCUUUCUCUUGACGCAUACCAUUUACUCUCCUUGAAGCUUGACCAAAUCCGAGUUGAUAACUGACAUAUGUUGAUAUAUGUUGAUAAUUGUCCUGUUUUUAUUUUUACAAGGAACCUCCCUUUUUGAUGGCAAAGAAGAACAAGGAUGGGGCCUUUCAAUUUGAAGGAUACUGUGUGGAUCUGAUUAACGAACUGGCAAAAAUCCUCAAGUUCAAGUACGAAUUCUACCCCUCCCCGGACGGCAAAUAUGGCGCCAGAAUGGAAAAUGGGACAUGGGAUGGGAUGGUCCGUGAGAUUUUGGAUGUGGUCUGUAUGGAUUAGAUCAUAUUUAACUCACAAUUAAUAUUAGCAUGACUUUAGGAUCCUUCGUGUUAUGUUUUUUAAAAAUGUGGAUGCUAGGAGUGGCCACCAGUAUAACCAUUGCUUUUCUGCGUUACAGUAUUUUCACUCGGGGGAGGGGGCGUGCAACCAUAACUUAAUAGUACAUGCUGAGACGUUAACCAUGUGUUUUAUAACGUACAUUUUAUGGCAAACGUUAGAAUUUGGUAACCGAUAGUAAGAAAAUGAGGUUUGUUGUUUUUUUGUACGCUCUUCGGGGUUUGGCGUGUGUUAAUAAUUCUUGGCAAAGUUUUUCCCGCCUCGAGUAACGGUAACGCCUUUUUCGUGUGCUCUCCAAACUUCGCGCAUGCUUCAUAUCUCGACAUACGCAGGCAGACUCAUGAACCAAAUGCUAAUUAAUCAUUCAUUUUUAUCUAUAGAACGCAGACAUGGCAGCAGGAGCAAUAGCUGUAACGGAAGAACGUGAAAAAAUAAUGGAUUUUAGCGUUCCGUUCAUGUACUACACAGAGGAUUUGAUCAUGAAGAAGCCUUCGUCUGGAAACAAAGCCAUAGACUUGUUACAAUUUAUGACUCCGUUUGAAAAUCUGGUUUGGUUUUGUACUCUAGCUACCUUAGUGAUCACCUCUGUCGCCGUAUUUGUAUUAAACUAUUACAGUCCCUAUGGAUACAAAAAUGAAAAUGGUGAAGGCACUUCGGACGAAUUCAGUUUUUUCAACAGUGUGUGGUUUGCAUUAGCUUGUAUGCUGCAGCAAGGUGGUGAUAACACACCAAGAAGUUUGUCAGGUAGAAAAAAAACACAUUUUUGGGGUAGAAUUUAAAAAAUCUACUUCUUCGAUUUAUGCGUCAAAUUUUCAGCUUUUCAAUCCCUCUAAUUUUUAGAGGCAAAUAUACUUUUAAUCGACUCAGUUUUGAAUAAAAAUGAAUGUCUGCAUGGUCGAAGCGUCAGAAAGGCUCCGUCUAUGUGGAGAAAAUCUGUCUUUGUAAAGGAGGUCACCCUCCCAGCCGACUCAGCUUUAACGAGCCUUAUAUGGGAAAAAAUGUUAACUCCCCCCCCAUCCUGGCCACUUAUGCCCGGGUCAACAGUGUUACAGUGUUUUUAUAGAGAAGAGUUGGACCGGCUUGAGGGUGACCCUACCGUCGAAACAGGGUGACCCGUCCUUUUAGGCGAGCCAACUUUUGUUUUUUGUGUAAACGAUUCACCUAGGAAAUGUAGGAAAAGUUGGCUCGCUCGGGGUUACCUCGGAUUGGCGAGUGACCCUUCUACUUGGGACAACUUUUCUCUAUGUAUAAAAGGGACAAAAUUGUCACUGUCAGUUUUAAGAAGUAACUACCUUACUCGGUUUUCUUAGAAUUUUAGCGUACAAAUUUCAUGUCCCCAGAGACUCCUCUGGUCACUUCACGCUGACUAAUAAGCCCUAGGAAACUAGGCCCGGGGGGACUCUGCAUAUGAAAGGGGUGGGGAUGCUCGUCGUCUCGCUUGGGGGUGUAAAUUUCGGAUUUUGGUCUCACUUACGGUGUUCUGGGCAAAAAGCCAUCAUAUUAAGCCGUGAAGGUCUCGUUUAGGGUUGCACGCGUAAAAAUAUAAAAAUAUAUCUAUUGUCUGUGUUUUAACAUGGUCUCUUUUAGGGGUCAAAAAAAGCUUGGGCCACGCCCAAUCGGUCUCCUUUGGGGAUUUAAUUCAAAAUUUCCGACGAGCAUCCCUACCCCUUUCAUAUGCGAAGUCCCCUCCCCGGGAUACUGGGUAAGAUAAUUGCCUACGUUCAAACAUUUCAAUUACUUUUCGUUUUAUUUUUGAUUUAUUUCAUUUUCCAUCUUUCUGCAGGUCGUAUUCUUACAGGAUGUUACUGGUUUUGCAUCCUUGUCUGGGUCUCAACAUAUACCGCCAACCUAGCGGCUUUUCUUACUGUCAAAAAUGCAGCCCACCCAAUCAAAAGCCUGGAAGACAUUGCGCAAACUUCCCAUCAAGUUGGUGUAAUCGCAUCUACUAGUACACAGCAGUCGUUCGCGACCACCCAAUAUGAACCUCACAUAAAGAUUUGGCAGCGAAUGAAAGCAGAGCAAACAUUCGUCCAGAACACUUCUGAUGGAAUCCAACAAGUGAGAGAAAGAUCAAGCUUUGUGUUUAUCAAUGAUGGACCUAUUCUUGAGUAUAUUGCCAACCACCGUCCAUGCGACCUAAUGACAGGUAUGUAAAGACCGGGUGGAUUAAGAUGGUUUGCAUGACAGGACAAGGUGGGCGCUUAUUCGAGGCUGGGGGUUUACGAAAUUUUCACCAUUUUCAGCAAGUGUAGUAUGUUUAUUCUGUAACAAAACAAUGAAUGCUAAUAAUAAAACGCGAAGAAGUAACAGAGCAAGGUUUCUGUAAAAUACUCUGAAGGAAACUCCGUCCUCGCGGAAUUCUCUCAUUAGUACUUAUUCAAUUUCAAUGUCAAUCUCAUUGUCACUCAGGUGGGCGGGGUAGGGGUUGGGCGCUUAUUUGAGUUUGAUUGGGAGGAGGAGGGGGUGGGGUUUGAGGUUGAGGGUGAGCACUUAUUUGACGUUGGGCGCCAAUUCGAGGUUGAGCGCUUAUUCGAAUAAAUACGGUAGUAUUAAAACUCAGUGAAAAGGUUGGGUCAAUUUUUUCAAGUUCCAAUCCAUGUCCAUCCUUUCCAUCCGCUGCAACAGACGACAGAAAACAGUUUCAAUGGCUAAAUAUGGUCUUAAAAAACAAAACUGGAACAUUAUUUUUGAAAUUAAAUUGAUGCGAACACACUCAGUUUAGCUUUUUCAAAAGAUGGCAGAUAGGGUUGAAAUAGCCUCUUUAAACUGAGAUGAAAUGUUCAUUUGGGAAAGCUCCAGAAUAUUGGUAUCACAAGCCGAAAAAAAACACCUCCGUUAACCGGGUUAAUGCUCUUAAGAAAGACACAGUGAAAUUUUACAAAGUAAGUAGAGGUGGGGCAAGAUCAUCUUAGACCGAUACAGCCAGUCUAGCCGGGCAAAGAGGCAUUCAGGGAUUUUUUUUGGUGCUUUAUUUGAAGAGCGGUAUCUCCAGAGCGCUUUCCAAACCUCAGACCUGCCGACCUGACCAAGGCCUUACUAGUCCUUUUUGAAAAUUAAAUAAGUUUUUAACAAGAGUUUUUGAUGAAAAAUCAUCAUUUCGUGCAUAUACUAGCUAUUCAUGAUUUGACUUACCUGGCUGGAUAGUUUUGAUUAAAGGUGAAAUUCUCAUUACGACGGGAAUGGUCUAGCCGGUCGACAAUAAUUAAAAGCGCCCUUAGUUAUACGCUCAAACUGUCAUUAUUGCUUGAUCCGAAUUCUAUGGUUGAGAGAAUUUCCACAACAAUAUGACAAAUAAGCUUCAUUUUCCAUCCAGUUCCAGGUCUCAGUAGAGCCAAGGGACUGGCGCUCGGUUUUCAAGCUUAUGAUCCACAUACUAUGGAUUUUACUCUGGCCAUUUUGCGUCUUCAUGAAAAUGACUUCCUUGAUAAUUUGAAGCGAAAGUGGUGGGACAAAGCCAAUGAAUGUCCCAAAGAACAGGAAACAAGUGAGUUACACAAGAAAUUGCAUAAAUUUGUUUAUUCACGAAACCCUUAA